AUGAGUGACAAAAAAGGUGGCGAAGAAUCUCUCAAGAGGCCGCACACAGGUUCAGAUACAAACCAGAGAAAGAUUAAAAUAAGGUUUAAGAAUUUCAACCCAGAAAGGCAGCGGGAGGCACGAGCAGUCGAUGCAUUGAAUGAAAGAGGGAAUACAACCAUUCCAGAAAAAAUGGAUGUGGUAUCGAAGUCUAAUAAGCUGAUAGAGGAUGUCAGCGAGAAAUAUGAUGCACUUAUGAAGGGCGAAACCAUCGAUGAUGAAAAAAUGCAGGAAGACGAAGAUGAUGAUGAAACAAUACCAUUGUACGAAGGAGAAAUGAAGGAAGACUGGGAUUUGCUAGAAAUGAAAACCCAGGAUAGACUACGGCAGCUGGCGAGACAAUCCAUAAAAGCCAAGUUGGCAGCAGAGAGUGAACGAUAG